AUGCUAGAUUUUAAGAAGUCUGGUUAUUUUGUUUAUAAACUCGUACUCCAGAAACAGCCAGCGGACUUCUUGUUUGGGUUCAAGCCAACACAUGAGAUUAAAAGUGCAGGAACAUGGUCGGUCGCAAAAUCUGCGCGUAAACGAUUCUUUCGAAAACGACGGGACCGCAACAACAAGCAGGGAAACGCUGAAGCAAUUACAAUGUCCACAUCUACUCGUGGUGGAUCAGGGUCAUCGCUAGCCUUGCAGGAAAACGCUGUCGAAGAGAAAUCAGGAUGGCUUAACAAAUGGACUAACUACAUUAAAGGAUAUCGCCAACGAUGGUUUGUGCUUGACUCAGCUGGUGUGCUAAGUUACUACAGAAACCCGAGCGAGGUUGGACAGUCGUGCCGAGGAAGUAUCAAUCUUCAAGAAGCGCGCAUCCUAUCUGAUAAGAUAACAAACAAUAUAGUGAUAUCAGCAUCAUCACAAACUUUCCACUUGAAAGCAGGAAAUGAUGUUGAUCGUCAAAAAUGGCUCAGUGCCUUGGAGUAUUCGCGGCAUAAGGCUAUCAAACAAGCUGAGAGCGACGAGGAUGAAGAAGCACAUCUUGGUCCUGGUGAAUCACGGGUUUCUGUUCUACAAAGAACUCAUAAAGAAUUGCUCAGAAAACUCGAAGAUCUACAAACAGCUGCACGGAUAUUAGAAAAACACGGUGACGAACUGAUUCGAUGCGUGAGCGGUGCCGAAAUUGAUAGGAAAACGCUAUCGGAGAGAGCAGCUCUGCUCAAGGUAGUACAAAUUUCUUAA